AUGAGUGACUCCCACCGAAGAGUCGCCAUCGUUGGCGCUGGUGUUGGCGGGUUGACCCAAGCUAUUGCUCUCAAAACCAAGCUCGGAUUUCACAAUUUUACGGUAUAUGAGAAAGGAUCUGAAGUCGGUGGAGUGUGGAGGGGAUGCUCGUCGGAUGUCCAAAUUCAUUGGUACAGCUUAUCAUCUGACCUUUACCCACACUGGAACAAGUCACACGGCCUUCAACCGGAGAUUCAAGCCUACUGGAUUAAGCUCUCAAAGAAAUAUGAUUUGUAUCCACACAUCGCAUUCAACACAAAAGUGUUGUCUGCUGAGUGGGAUAGCGCAAAACAACAAUAUACUCUCGUUGCGGAAGAUGUCUUUUCAGGCAAGAGGACUGACCAGUGUGGCCCACGUCGUGAUAUCUGCCAUCCCUGGAGUUCUGAAGUUUCAGGGGGCUUCCUUUCACUCCGCACAGAUGGCCAGGUGAUUGGCAAUGCAUCUUCCGGAGCACAAUUCGUGCCAUCUAUAUCUGAAGACCCGUCUGUCGAGGUAAUUAACUUCAUCCGCACCCCGACCUGGUUCAACACUCGAACACAUAUUCCGUACUCCGACACUGAGAAAUGGAUAUUCGCCAACAUCCCUCUGGCGAUGCGGACUGCACCGAGCUUGGAUCAUGUUCUGGUUGCAAACAGUGGUUUCCUGGCUAGCCUCUAUCGCCCUAACUUGACGCUGAACUUUGACGGAAUCGCCGAAAUAGUGGAGAAUGGCAUCGUCACAAACACUGGUGAAAUGUUGCCGUGUGAUGUUAUCGUGUACGCGACUGGAUUCAUUGGCGAGCGGUACCCGAUGCACGUUCGGGGCUUGAAUGGACUUACUAUCCAAGGCUAUUAUGAUGCGCAUGGUGGCCCUACCGCAUACCUCGGGACUGCAAUUCCUGACAUACCGAACUUUUACUUGCUAGCUGGACCAAAUACUGGAACACCAACAUCGACGUUGUUCGUGGAAGAGGUCCAAGUUGCAUACAUCCUUCAACUCAUAGAGCCGGUCCUUACCGGUUUCGCCUCAUCCUUUACCGUCAAAGCUUCACCCACGGAUGCAUAUAAUGUCAAGCUUCAAGAACGGAUCUCUCGCUCUGUACUCGUUCAGUGCUACUCCUGGGCGCGUACGAACGGCACAGGCAAGUUGUUCAAUCCGUUCCCUUGGGCUGUGACGGUUUGGUGGUGGUGGCAUCGCAGACCAAAUUGGGAUCAUUUUGUGGCGGUGAGGUACUGGAGUAAAUUUAUCCUAAGUCUUUAA